AUGUGCACUCUUUUGGUGACUGCAACUAAAGCAGGCUAACUUUACCUCCCCUUUUAAGUCUCUGUGGGUUGGGUUUGGAGUAUUGGGAGCACCAAUGGCUGUCUUCAUGGCAAUUCUUGGUGUUGUUGUCUUAGUGCUCUGUUUUUGCUCUGCCCUCUUGAGGUGGAAUGAAGUGAGAUACAGGAAGAAAGGUUUACCUCCUGGCACAAUGGGGUGGCCAGUUUUUGGAGAAACAACUGAGUUUCUUAAACUAGGUCCAAACUUCAUGAAAAACCAAAGAGCAAGGUAUGGCAGUUUUUUCAAAUCCCACAUACUGGGUUGUCCUACCAUUGUAUCCAUGGAUCCAGAGCUUAAUAGAUACAUUCUAAUGAAUGAAGCAAAGGGCCUUGUUCCAGGGUACCCACAAUCCAUGCUAGAUAUCUUAGGCAAGUGUAACAUUGCAGCUGUUCAUGGCUCCACUCACAAGUACAUGAGAGGAGCACUUCUUUCCAUCAUUAGCCCCACCUUGAUCAGAGAUCAGCUUUUACCAAAAAUUGAUGAGUUCAUGAGUGCCCACCUGAGUGAUUGGGAUAACAAAGUCAUCAACAUUCAAGAGAAAACUAAAGAGAUGGCCUUCCUCUCAUCUCUGAAGCAGAUUGCUGGUCUGGAAUCCAGCUCAAUAUCUGACUCAUUCAUGCCAGAAUUCUUUAAGCUAGUUUUAGGAACCCUUUCUCUUCCUAUUGACCUUCCUGGGACAAAUUACCGCCAUGGAUUACAGGCUAGAAAGAGCAUAAUCAGCAUUCUGAGUCAGCUAUUAGAGGAAAGGAGAGCAUCCAAUGAAAGCCACCAAGACAUGCUUAGUUGCUUGAUGGGAAGAGAUGAAAGUAAACACAAACUAAGUGAUGAAGAAAUCAUUGAUUUAGUCAUCACAAUCAUGUAUUCUGGUUAUGAAACUGUUUCAACUACAUCAAUGAUGGCAGUGAAGUACCUCCAUGACCAUCCCAAAGUUCUUGAAGAACUCAGAAAAGAGCACUUGGCCAUAAGAGAUAGGAAAAAGCCAGGUGAUGCACUUGACUACAAUGAUAUCAAGUCAAUGAGGUUUACUCGUGCGGUCAUUUUUGAGACAUCUAGAUUGGCAACAAUAGUUAAUGGGGUUCUAAGAAAAACCACUCAAGACAUGGAACUAAAUGGCUAUUUGAUUCCUAAAGGGUGGAGAAUAUAUGUUUACACAAGAGAGAUAAAUUAUGACCCAUUUCUCUAUCCAGAUCCAAUGGCAUUCAACCCAUGGAGAUGGAUGGAUAAGAGCCUAGAGUCACAGAACUACUUCUUGAUAUUUGGAGGAGGGACAAGACAGUGUCCUGGAAAAGAGUUGGGAAUAACAGAAAUCUCAACUUUUUUACACUACUUUGUAACUAGAUACAGGUGGGAAGAAGUUGGAGGAGAUAAACUAAUGAAGUUUCCUAGAGUUCAGGCACCAAAUGGAUUGCACAUAAGAGUGACAUCUUACUAACUAGGCUAUGCCUAUGUGUACAGAAAUGAGAUUUGGAAGAGGGUAGGGGGUUUGUGUAUGAUAUUGUUCUAACAGAUAUUAGGAAAUCAAUGAAAUUAGAUUUUCUUCUUC